AUGGCUCUCGCUGCCAAUGCUGCUGCAGCAGCCGUUUUCGGCGGAGCUGGCUCUCCUGCUGACCUCUCUGACGCCUCAGACAGCGAGCACCCGAAUUCACUGAUUCUACAGCAACAGCAUCAGCAGCAAUCACAGCUGCAACAGCAGCAGUUUAGUCCGGCAAACAGUCAUCACUCGACAAGCAGCAGUGCUGCGGACGCUGCGCUGGCUCACUCCUCCGCCUCGGGAUCGUGGUCACGUCGAAAGCGAUUCCGCAGUGACGAUGAUGAGGAAGAGGAGGAAGAGGACUUAGAAGAAGAUAGAGAUGACGAAGAGGAGAACAUUCACAAUGAUGACAGUGAUCAUCAGCAUCAACGCCGUCUGGCCGCUGAACUGACCACCGUCAUCAGAGACCAGCUCUCACCGAGUGAGGGUGAUGAGGAGCAGGAAGAAGAAUUAGAAGCCGGAGAUGACGAUGAAGAUCUGUCUCUGAAGCUGAACAGUCCUCCGAUUGAGCAGCAGUCCAAAACAGGCAACAACGGUCGCCGAAAUCGAGGCUCUCCCUCUGAAAAGCCGCCUUCCAGUCGGCGUGCCCACCAGCAGAAAGGAGGUGUCUCCAUCAACAGCAAUGGCCACCACGAUGACGAUCUCAGCACACUCAACAGCAGCAGCGGCUCACAUCACUCGGAUCUCCUUACCAGCAUUUCGAACACCACCUCUAACAGUGGUCCACAACAGCGCAGUGGCAAGGUGGGCAACGGUAACUCGCAUUCUCGAAACCGUGAUCACUCUCAUCGCGAUCACGCCCACCACCAUCAGAACGCCAUCAAAUUAGCCACCGAUCGCAGCAGCAAACGCUCCACCACAAUGGACGACGUUUUGAAGCGCCUGAACAAGGCCAACAACAACAGCAGCAGCAAUCAUCAAAACAGUCGAAGGCAGCAGCAGCAACAAGCAGCAAACUUUGACUUUGACGUAAAGACCGAGCAGUUGCUGCUGAAAGGCCACGAGGCGCAGAUUGGCGCCCUGCUGGAGAAGCAGGCGCUGAUGGCGCAGCUCAGCAAUGGACACUCACAAAAGGCGGUCGGAAGCAAGAUGGAUGCUCAGUUUGGGGCUUCACAAGGUGCUGGUCCUGGUGCUGGUGCUGGUUUUCCCUUUGACCUGGCCGCUCUCAGCCAGCUGGCAGCCGUUUCCGGGGGCGGAGGUGCCGGAG